AUGACUACAACACUGAAGAAGAAAAAGGGCAUUUCCAGUCUCCGAGCAGUAGGAUUGAAAUUCCGAGCGGUGGCAAUGGCGAAAAAGCGACGCCUCGGAACGACGAUCGUCAUGCUCCUCUUAGCUCUCUUAGCUUUCGGAGCUUUUGCACCUGCCUUUGCUCCGCUUCCUUCUCUGUCUUCUUCCCGUUCCAACCUCCCAAGGCUUAAUUCUAUGGGUGAUAAGAACAAAUUUGAGAUUGCGGAUGACAUGUUCUGGAAAGAUGGAAAGCCUUUUCAGAUUAUUGGCGGGGACUUACACUAUUUUCGGGUUCUUCCAGAGUACUGGGAAGAUAGACUGCUGAGAGCAAAGGCAUUGGGAUUGAAUACCAUUCAAACAUAUGUGCCAUGGAAUUUGCAUGAACCAAGGGAAGGCGAACUUGUUUUUGAAAGAAUAGCAGAUAUCUUUUCAUUCCUCAAUCUUUGUCAGAAAUUGGAUCUCCUGGUGAUGCUCCGAGUUGGGCCUUAUAUUUGUGCAGAAUGGGAUUUUGGGGGUUUCCCUGCUUGGUUACUUGCAAUUGAACCUCCUGUGAGGCUUAGAUCAUCAGAUCCUGCUUUCAUUGAUUUGGUUGAAAGAUGGUGGGGAAUUUUGCUGCCGAAGAUAGUCUCUUAUGCUUACAAAAAUGGCGGCCCUAUUAUAAUGGUCCAGAUAGAAAAUGAAUUUGGUUCAUACGGAGAUGACAAGGCCUACCUGCAUCACCUAGUGAGGAUAGCCCGCAGACACCUUGGAGAUGAUGUUAUUCUAUAUACUACAGAUGGAGGUGCAAGAGAAAAUCUUAACAAAGGGACUAUUCCUGGAGAUGCUGUGUUUUCAGCUGUCGAUUUUUCCACUGGAGAUGAUCCAUGGCCCAAUUUUAUGUUGCAGAAAGAGUUCAAUGCACCAGGGAAAUCACCACCUCUUUCAUCGGAGUUCUACACUGGUUGGCUCACACAUUGGGGAGAGCAUAUUGCAAAUACUGAUGCAACUGUUACCGCAGCUUACUUAGAAAAAAUCUUGUCAAGAAAUGGAUCAGCUGUGCUCUACAUGGCACAUGGUGGAACUAAUUUCGGGUUCUAUAGUGGUGCAAAUACUGGUGCAGAUGAUACUGAUUACAAGCCUGAUCUUACAUCCUAUGAUUACGAUGCACCUAUCAAAGAAUCUGGAGAUACAGACAAUCCAAAAUAUCAAGCUCUUCGAAGGGUGAUUGCUCGAUAUACUGCAGCGCCUCUUGCCUCAGUUCCUUCCAAUAAUGAAAAGAAAGCAUAUGGACUUAUUAAGUUGCAGAGGACUAAAUCGUUGUUUAACAUAGUUGAUACCACAGACUUUGAUGGUGUCACUGAAUCUGAAAACCCACUUGCGAUGGAGUCUUUGGGCCAGAUGUUUGGCUUCAUGCUUUAUGUUUCUGAUUACAUAGCAAAAGCUAAUGGAAGUUUGUUAUUCAUACCAAAGGUGCAUGACAGGGCACAAGUAUUCAUUUCAUGCCCUUCAGAUAACUAUGAAGAAAAUCCUAAAUAUGUAGGCACUGUAGCUAGAUGGUCAACUACUUCAAUCAGGCUUCCUCAUACUCGAUGUACUUCUGAUAACAGAAUUUAUAUACUGGUAGAAAAUAUGGGGCGUAUAAAUUAUGGGCAAUACAUUUUUGACAAGAAGGGUAUACUCUCUCCUGUUUAUUUAGAUGGUGAACCAUUGCAGAAGUGGAAAAUGUUGCCGAUUCCUUUUCACAACCUGAAUGAGGAUCAAAAGAAUAAUUCUGUUAUUUCAGAUGCAUACACUGACCUUGGAAAAUCUGUGCAGAUAAAACUGAAAAACAAAAGAAAUUAUCAUCCAGAGCCAGCUUUCUACACUGGUCAUCUUACAGUUGAUGAAGUAAAAGACACGUUUUUGUCUUUUCGUGGCUGGAGUAAAGGGGUUGCAUUUAUCAAUGGAUUUAAUUUAGGAAGGUUUUGGCCGUCCUUUGGACCCCAGUGCAACCUUUAUGUUCCUGCUCCAAUCCUGCAAGAAGGGAAAAACCUCUUGAUCAUUCUCGAAUUAGAGGCUCCAAAUGCUGAGUUAUUUGUGACCUCAGUUGACCAUCCAGAUUUCACAUGUGGUUCUUCCGCAAAUUCACAAGUGCAUCAAAUCUGACAUCAUCACGACUUAGUCAAACCUGGAAUAUUUCAUCAUCUUCAUCUUAUUAGCUGAAUAUUGUGUCCUUGCAUUGGUUCCUAAACAAGACGAGGAUGUGUACUGAAAUAAUGGAAAGGUGCAGCACCUAGUUUGGAGCAAGCAUCUUUUGGCGUCGACUGUUAUAUGUGAGUAGUUUGUAUUCUUUAACUUCCCGCCCGGCAAUAUUAGUCGUAAAUUCCUUGAGAUGAUGUUGAAGAGCUCAUAGAAUCUUGUGGAGAAACAUAAAACUUUCUCCUCCCCGAAAUGUGGGUGGAGAUGUUGAAGAGCUCAAUGAGUUGAGAUGAUGAGUAUUCACAAGUUUGAGUUAACAUAUGUGUAUUUAUUCACGAUUACAUAUUGAUCCGAACCAGUUUGAGUUCUCACCCGUUGGAAAUUACUUUUUCUAAUUUGUUAAGCACCUUUGCUUUGGUUAAUACUGUUUGAGGAAUGACUGACAUACAUGUUGAAAAGGCGAGUUAAAGUUUUCAA